AUGGGAGAUGCUGUUAGAUGGCCCGACAAAUUACGUAAACCGCUAGAUCAAAGGGAUACUUCCAAAUGGUGUGAGUUUCAUAACGAUUACGGGCAUACAACAGACGACUGUUUCACCCUCAAAAAAGAAGUAACUCAAUUACUUAAGAAAGGUUAUCUUCGGGAUUUACUAUCCGAAAGAGGAAGAGCGGCGAUGUCCCAAGCUGAAAAACGAGAAGAGGAACAGAAGCCACUACCACCAGAGAAGACGAUUAACGUAAUAUUUGGUGGAUCAGAGAUUAGCGGAAUUACACAUUCAUCGGCAAAGAAACAAGUCAAGCAGACAGAAAAUUCUGAGGUAUGGAAUGAUAAGCCGAUGAUACAAUUCACGAGACAAGUUAUCAGCUUCACAGACGAUGAGAUGACAAGGCUACUCAAUCCACAUGAUGAUGCCCUGGCAAUGGGACUUUCAGAAGCAGAACAUCAGCUUACAAGCAUGGGAUCGUAA